AUGGCUUUGCGCCUCCUCCUUGCGACCUCUUUUGUCCUAUUUCAAGCCUCCGCAGUGCCGACUCAGGUGGUCCCAGAAGGGAAAGCAUUGAUCACACCUGCACCCACUCGCACAUUAGCAGUGUACGGAUCAUACGCAGGGGCGAGGCGAAACAUCGUGAGUGAUCUGGAGUCAGAGCUGGACUCAUAUGUGAACUCGGUGUUCAGCGAGUUGGGAACGGCUAUACCCUCAUACGUCUCCAAUGGGCUCCUACCCAAUCUACAGAACCUUCCCACGGGCAGUGCUGUUAUGAGCUCGGUGGGUGUGAGCAGCUCGGAUCUGGUUGCCACACCUACACAAGUGUUGAACAUCCCUGGGUAUGGGAAUUGGACUUCGUCUGGUUGGAAUCUGCGGAUACACGGGAAUGUGUUCAAGCAACCAAAUAUUUCCAAUGCUACGGUAGACCGCCUCGCCAACUUUUUCCUGAUCGACACGAGCAUUGAGGAUCUUCCUCCAUCACAGCAGGCCCAGGCCCGCAACCUCACCCGGGAGAUAUACGUGGUUCAGCAAGGGAAUCAAACCGUCACAAUGGACAUUCUCCCUGGACCCGAGUUUGGCACCAAUGGACAGCCUGGAGGAGGUGGUGGCGUGACUCCCGCUGGUGGAGAGCAGGUUAUCACCCUCCCCGACCCAACCACUCCCGAGGGCGACUUUGAUGUUUUCAUUCCAAUAGACAACAACUCGUUCACGUUGGCUUCGGGAACUGGCGAUGUCCCACCACAAAGGUUGAAUGUUUACGCCCAGGGCACUGACACAGGGAAUGCCACCUCAUACCUCGUCUCCGACCAAGGAUUGACCAUCAUCUCCGACAUUGAUGACAUCCUUCGCGUGACAAAGAUCUACGAGCCCAAGGAAGGUCUACUCAACUCUUUUGCUCGUCCGUUUACACCUUGGAUGAACAUGCCAGACAUCUACCGUAACUGGUCUGUCAGUCUGCCCAACAUGCAUUUCCACUACCUCACAACCACCCCGGAGCAAAUCACGCGCAACUACAUGCAGUUCAUCUACGACACUUAUCCAGGUGGUAGCUUCGACACCCGACCCCUUAACUUCAGCGACGUCUCUGCCACUCUGUCCAUCCGAAAAUUCCUCCUAGACAAGAUCUUUCAGAGUUUCCCGCGUCGCAAAUUCAUCCUCGUGGCGGAUACAAGCAACUCAGAUGUCAUGCGCGAUUAUCCCGAGUUGGCGACACAGUACCCCGGCCAAGUCCAAUGCAUUUUCCUUCGCAAUACGUCCUCUACAGACCCAGGAGAUAAGUUUCCUUACAACACCGAAGGCUUCAAGAACCUCAACCAGCAGAGCUACAUGUUCUUCCGGGUGCCGGACGACCUGGCUGGACUUGAUAUUGUGAAUGGACAGUGUCUGAAUGCGACCAUUCCACAGAAUCUCACGUUCGGGUACCAGGGACUGCCAUUCGGGCUAACCACGGGCGAUGGAGAGAGUGGGUCUUAUAAUCCUAACGAAGGUACGAUUAUUGUUCACGUGGCGUUUGACGACAGAGGGUAA